ACCACCUACCUAUCGUCUAACCAGAAAGCCCCGACCACCAUCCACCACCCUUUGCUUCGUUAGCGGAUUACGCGAGUAACGUCCAAGAUUUAUACUCCCCUUCAACCUCCAGAAAACGGUCGAUGGCGGGGCAAAAAGGGGGCACAAGCAGAUCGUCUCGGUGACUAUAAAGCCUCACCGUGACCACCUAAGCUCUUGUGUCUUUAACUGCAGUUAGCCCAAGAGUUUCGUACGUGAUUUUUCGGAAGAUCUGAGUGUGUCUCGCACACAGUGUGAUUAUUCGCUGCCACGCAAGUGCGCACCGAUUCGCCGAUAAUAGGAGAUCGAGGAAUCGUCGUCUGAUUUUCGGAAUACGCCAAAAAUCGUCAUGAAUAUCCUCAUAUUGCUGCUCGGUCUGACGACGAUGGCAUACGCACAGCUCAACAGCAGGUUCACGACUCCAUAUCCACAACCGACGCAAUAUUACAAUCCCAAUUACUACGGCCGGCCUUUCUACGCCAUACUGCGACAAACGCAAGACUCCUCGCCGGACGGAUCGUAUUCUUACAGCUACGACACGGAAAAUGGUAUCUCCGUAGCGGAGACCGGACAGCCGAAGAAUAUUGGGCCGAACCAGAUCGAGGCGGUCAGAGGUCAAUACAGUUACACGGCCCCGGACGGCACCCCGAUCCUGGUCACUUACACAGCCGAUGAGAAUGGCUUUGUAGCGAGUGGGGCGCACCUGCCGACACCGCCGCCGAUACCGAUAGAGAUACAACGUGCCCUGGCGCACAAUGCGGCUCAUCCCGAAGAGGAAGACCCCUACAGGAGAUAUUAGAAAUAUCUACGCUAGGACUGCUCCCAACGCUUCGAUAUAUCGACAUGGACACCAACGAUAUCCUUCUGUCAUAUUACUCAUAUAUGAAAGAUUUUUUCGAAGCGGAUGGUUCGAAGCGGAUAAUUCGAUCUUGGCUAUUAAUUCCGGAACAAACGUUAAAGCAGAAAAAUGUUACGCGCUCUUCAUUUCUGGAAAUCGAUAUUUAUUAAUCGCACGGUGGCUCUAUGAUCGUUUUAUCGAUGAUCAGCUUGUCGAGCAAUACUAGUGUCUACUUUGUUCGUGCAAGACGAGGCACGAUUAGGCGAGUCGACGGAACGUGAGAUCGAUGAGUACAAGCGAAGUGAGAAUAAAAGAAUGAAAGAAAUAAAUUCUUUGUUCUUUAAUUGACAUAGAAGUAUUUUUAAUAAGUAAAUAAUUUUAUUUGUUCUUAAUGAUCACGAAAUUUCGAUCAACACAUGUAACAGUAAUAAAAAAAAGAAAACAUUUUUAGCAGUUCUGGGAUGUUUCGCGUUUUUUAAAUUUAUUUUUAUUUGAAAUGCAACGGGGAUUGCUAUUGAAGCACAACUUGUUUUACAUUAAUAUCUUAAGAAAUCGCGAUGGUGCAGCGACACGAGAAGCUGUAAGACCGUUCUGGAGGUGUAAUUUAUGCAUACGGCCGAUAAUACGACUGCCAUCAAAGCUCGAGGUAAAAUAAAAUGUUGAACAGAAUUAUUGUAUAUUGCAUGUGCUAUGCACAACAUGCUAUGUUCAGUGAAGUUCAGCAUUAUUAUAUAAGACGCGACACGAUAGUAUCUUAAAUAUGAAUUACGCAAGACCGCCGUGCCUUAUUCGAGAGAGAUCAAUAUAUUACGGGAGUUUAUAUUAAUUGCACCGCCGAGCGGUGCAGAU